GGCCCUGUAAGCCCCACAGGCGCGCCCCCCCCCCUCCGUCUCUCUCCUUCCCACCUGCCAGAACUUCUCCCAUGUGCCGUCAUGAGGCGAGCGCUCCGCUCCGGACUGGGCGCUGCUACGGCGCUUGUCCUGACAGCCUGCGCCUCUCUCUGCACAGGCUUAACAUGUGUGUGCCAAUUGUGUGAAAAAACAAACUUCACUUGUGAAACAGAGGGAGCAUGUUGGACUUCUGUCAUGCUAACGAAUGGUCGGCAAGAAGUAAUAAAGGCAUGUGUUUCCCUACCGCAGCUGAAGGCACAGAUCUUCUGCCACAGUUCUAAGAAUGUAACCAGGACAGAAUGCUGCUUCACAGAUUUUUGCAACAAUGUCACCAUUUACCUGCCCACAGGUCAAGAACCUUCAAACAAAUCAAAGCUAGGACCUGUGGAGCUGACUGUAGUUAUAACCAUACCGGUGUGUGUGUUGUCUAUUGUUUUCCUGCUGGCAGCAUACACGUGCCAAGGACACCUCUGCAGACACAGAAAGAAAAGAAGGCCAAAUAUUGAAGAACCUCUCUCUGAGUGUAAUCUGGUGAACCCAGGAAGAUCUCUCAAAGAUCUAAUUUUUGACAUGACAACAUCAGGUUCUGGAUCUGGUUUACCUCUCCUUGUCCAAAGGACAAUUGCAAGGACUAUUGUUCUUCAAGAAAUAGUUGGAAAAGGUCGAUUUGGCGAAGUCUGGCGUGGAAAAUGGUGUGGAGAGGAUGUCGCUGUGAAGAUCUUUUCCUCAAGAGAUGAAAGGUCUUGGUUUCGUGAAGCAGAAAUCUACCAGACAAUCAUGCUGAGACAUGAAAAUGUCUUGGGUUUUAUUGCUGCUGAUAACAAGGACAAUGGGACCUGGACUCAACUGUGGCUUGUAACUGAAUAUUAUGAGCAGGGCUCUUUGUUUGACUACUUAAACAGCAACACUGUGACAGCUGAUGAAAUGAUUAAGCUGACAUUUUCAAUAGCCAGUGGUCUAGCACAUCUGCACAUGGAAAUCGUUGGAACUCAAGGAAAGCCAGCUAUUUCACACAGAGACUUGAAAUCUAAAAAUAUCCUAGUCAAAAGGAACGAAAGCUGUGCUAUUGCUGAUUUGGGGCUAGCUGUGAAGCAUGACUCGGUAUUAAACACAAUUGACAUACCACAGAAUCCUAGAGUAGGAACCAAGAGGUACAUGGCACCAGAAAUACUUGAUGAUACAAUGAACAUAAAUAACUUUGAGUCUUUCAAGCGUGCAGAUAUCUACUCUCUUGGACUGGUGUAUUGGGAGAUAUCCAGAAGAUGCUUAGAUGGAGGAAUUAUGGAGGAGUACCAGUUACCUUAUUACGAUGCUGUGUCUUCUGAUCCUUCAAUAGAAGAAAUGAAAAAGGCAGUCUGUGAACAAAAGCUGAGACCAAAUAUUCCAAAUCAGUGGCAAAGCUGUGAGGCGCUCAGACUUAUGGGCCGAAUCAUGCGUGAGUGCUGGUUCACCAAUGGGGCAGCUCGACUGACAGCACUUCGCAUUAAGAAGACAAUUUCUCAACACUGUGGACAAAAUUCCAAAGCUUAAAUUUACACGCCUUGUAAAAAUGGAACAGGAAAAUGCAUCUAUGUCUAUGUUGUUUUGUAUUGUUUUUGAUUUAGCUCUACCUCACAUGAUACUCAAAAUAGUACCGCAAAGCCCAAAUCCCAGAAUACCUGAAUGUAGCUUCAGAAUUAACUUUUGGUUGCUGAGUGAUGUGUGUCUUGUUUUGGCUCAUAAAGGAAACAUGAUUUAUUUAUUUUAUGGGCAUAAUAAUUCAUAAAGUGAAUAAUUCAUCACAGUGUUGACAUGAUACUUUCUGCCAUGGCAGAAGAAGCUCCUGAAUCACAGAGAAUAUAUGAGAAGUGAACAUCAGUGAAGGUUUAUCCCCAUGGCAGAGCCCUGUUCUUGUUUGUGUUGGUGGUAUACAUGAAUUUGAUAAACUAAACCAAAAGUGGGCAACUUGUGAGCUAAUUUUAUCACACCUUCUGUCUAACUUCACUCUUACACAAAAACUGCUUCCUUUUUGGUAAAAACUGUCUCUUCAUCCCCCUGGUUUUUAAAAAAGGAGAAAGGUUUAAAAUAGAUUUCUUGAUCUAUUUGUGGUGGAGCCCACUGCAUUCUGGAAAGUUAUCUCUGAAAGGGUGCAGCUUAUAAACACAAGAUUAUCUACUCUUCAAAGUAAACUCUGAGGAUAUUAAAUGCAUUGAAUCUUUAUUAAAAUAUAUUGGCUGCUGGCUUAUUUAAAACAUUUUACAAGUGAGCUUUUCAGGUCACUUCAAGAAUUGAGAAGUGAGACAUAAGAACUCUUUAGAUGUUGAGCCUAGAAGAUAUGGUUGACUGUAGACUUUCAUCAGAAGUUUUUCACAGACUGUAUCUUCAUGUGAAUUGGGUUCACUUGGUUGUUGUUGUUUUUUACUUUUUAUUUUCAGCCAGCAACAGUGCCUGCCUUACUUUGUAGCAACCUUUUCCAUCUUUUGUUCAGGAAGCCCCUAGAGAAAAAUGAUCCCCCUUCCCAUUGGGGGCAUUAAAAAUCCCCCUUUCUAAUACCUUAAAGAAAACAUAGUAAUUUAUAACUAAAGGGGGAAAAAUGCAAGCACGCACCCUUGACAUUACCAAUGUAAAGAAUCAAAAGGAGAUGCUGGCAGUCAGAGCUGAUGUGAUUGGGCUGAGUGAGCCAAAGUUUUGGCUUUUCUGCAUUCCUAAGGAAGUAAGCAAGUGAGAAAAUGAGACCAAAUUAUCAAGGCAUUUUUCACAGAACUUUGUAGAAUUAGUGGUGCAAUAUGUAUGUGCGUGCGUGCAUGCAUGCACACAUAUGUAUAUAUGUGUAAUGUGUAUUUGUGUAUAUAUAUAUGCACACAUGCACAUUGAUUCUUAUUAAUCAAAUAAGAGUAAUUAAAUAGAACAUGCUUACUGUGAAAGUUGUUCUUAUAGUAUUAGUCACAUUAUAGAUGAUCAUUUAUUUAAAGCUUUAACCACCAGAUUAUACUGUA